GUCAUCAACACGAAAUCGAGGUGGAUAAAAUGGCGUGAGGCGGCGUACUUCUUUGCUGAGAUAGAGAGAGAGGAGGAAUCGUUCUCGAAGUUCUCAAACCCUUUCCAUAUCUUGGAGCGCGCGACGAGGACAAGCGAUAUAGGACUGAAGUUUUCAAGAUCAUACGACAAACAUUUCAUGCUCUCUGUUGGGAACCUGCAAGGGAAGGUUAUUUUGGAGUUUGGACAAACAUAAUAGUCGCUGGUGUCAUGAGCAUGCUUGCUUACUCUUCAUUUUGAGAGUGGCUUUGGAUUCAACCUUUCUUUAGUUCCAAUUGCCAACUGAGAAGACUUGCACAAAUCAUGACUUCUUCAGUUCAAAGCUUAUCUGAUAACAGUGAACCUGAUGAACAGCAUGAGCAGGCACAAUCUGAGAACCAACAGCAGCCCUAUGGUGCUGCAAGCUUGCAGUCUGGCAUAGCAACACCUUUGCUUGGGUACAUGAUGCCCGCUGGUCAGUUUGAAGUGGGACAGACUAUGGCUCCAACACCUUACCCAUAUGUGGAUCCUUACUACGGUGGUAUUUUUGCAGCUUAUGGUGGACAACAUGUGAUUCAUCCACAACUAAUUGGAGUGAAUCAUUCUGGGGUGCCAUUGCCAACUGAUGCAGUUGAAGAACCUGUUUAUGUUAAUGCAAAACAGUAUCAUGGUAUAUUAAGGCGUCGACAGUCUCGAGCAAAAGCUGAAUCAGAAAAUAAGUUAGCAAAACUUCGUAAGCCCUAUCUGCAUGAAUCUCGUCACUUGCAUGCUUUGAGAAGAGCUAGAGGAUGUGGAGGUAGAUUUCUUAAUUCGAAGUUAGAAGCAAACCAACAGAAUGAGUCCGAAGGAAAUCAAUUAAACGAGAUUGCCACAAAUGACAAGGCCCAAUCUUCUGACAUUCCAGGUUCCGGUAAGUGUCCCAUUAACCAGGAGAAUACUACUAAGCUCUCCGGCAAUAGAGCAGAAUCGACCAGGGUUCUAGUUUCUGAAAAGACACCACUGGACAUUGAAUCAAAGCAAACACCCUAAUUUACUUGUUCAGAGACCAGAUUUGCUGAAUGUUGGUAAGGACAGUGUUUCUGUACAGUAUCUUCCAGGAUUACCAGCCAGCGUAGGUGUAGAGUCAAACCGCAAGAGCUUUAAUUAAUCUGAACUGUAGCUUUGGUGAUCGGUGUGCUCUUAGGAGAGUUUGAUGAUGUAAGUUAGGAACGUCAUGGGAUCAUGUAAAGAUUCUACUUCCUCGGGUGUAUUUUGGUAGGUUCUUGAUAAAAGCAAAUGUUUGGUGAGAGAACAUCUGAUAAUUUUGAUUCUCUCUAUGAAUGUUGUUCUUGCAGAGACUAUAGGAGUUAGUCAUUUCUUCGUCACCA